AGUACAUUAUGGGGGAUCUUUACAUCGACGGCUAUGUCUGUGAGAAGAAUCAGGAGGUGACGUCACAAGGGGUUAAUGAAGGUGCAGCCAUUGUAUUGUCAGUGAAUGGAGAAGACAGAAUGAGCUGGACAAUCCCCCAGCAGACCAACCCCCUUGUUACUUGUCAGACUGGAAGACCAAAGGAGAAAGCAGGAAACUGAGGCAGAAGGCUGACUCCACCUUCCUCCAGCAGCUACUACAUUCCCAGCAACACCCACAGCCUUACAGCAGCCAAGAUGACGGAUAAUAUUCCCCUGCAACCUGUCAGGCAGAAAAAGAGAAUGGACGGCAAACACAAGAGAGGGUGCUGCGAUUGUCUGGGGUGUUGUGGCCGUCGGGAACUAAGGCCACGAACUGUCUGGCUGGGACACCCCGAAAAAAGAGAACAGAGGUAUCCACGAAAUGUCAUCAAUAAUCAGAAGUACAACUUCUUCACAUUUCUCCCAGGGAUCCUUUUUAACCAGUUCAAAUACUUCUUCAACUUGUAUUUUCUGCUGCUAGCCUGUUCACAGUUUGUGCCUGAGAUGCGACUGGGGCCCCUGUACACAUUCUGGGUUCCUCUGGGAUUUGUCCUAGCUGUCACCAUCAUUCGGGAGGCUGUGGAGGAGAUUCGAUGUUUCAUUCGGGAUAAAGAAGUGAACUCCCAGAUCUACAGCAAGCUCACAACCAGAGGUACUGUAAAGGUCCGCAGCUCGAGCAUACAAGUUGGAGACCUUGUAAUUGUAGAAAAGAAUCAGAGAAUUCCGGCCGACAUGAUAUUCCUAAGGACGUCCGAAAAAAAUGGUUCCUGCUUUCUGCGCACCGAUCAGCUGGACGGUGAGACGGACUGGAAGCUGCGGCUGCCAGUGUCCUGCACACAGAGACUGCCCACAGCAGCUGACUUGCUUCAGAUUAGAGCCUAUAUAUAUGCAGAAGAACCGAAUAUCGACAUCCAUAAUUUUGCAGGAACGUUUACCCGGGAGGACAGCGACCCCCCAAUAAAUGAAAGCUUAAGUAUCGAGAACACACUGUGGGCCAGCACGGUCAUUGCUUCUGGUACGGUGGUCGGAGUGGUUAUUUAUACUGGUCGAGAGCAACGCAGUGUUAUGAACACCUCCAAUCCACGAAGUAAGAUCGGUCUCUUUGACUUGGAAGUGAACUGUCUGACGAAGAUCUUAUUCAGCGCCCUAGUGGUAGUCUCUCUGGUCAUGGUGACUCUUCAGCAUUUUGCCGGUCGCUGGUAUCUACAGAUCAUCCGCUUCCUGCUCCUCUUUUCUAACAUCAUUCCCAUCAGCUUGCGGGUCAAUCUGGAUAUGGGAAAAAUUGUCUACAGCUGGAUGAUCCGCAGGGACCCCAAAAUCCCAGGAACAGUCGUUCGAUCUAGCACGAUCCCAGAGCAGCUUGGACGAAUUUCCUACUUACUGACUGACAAAACAGGGACCCUGACCCAGAAUGAGAUGGUCUUUAAACGUCUUCACCUGGGGACUGUGGCCUAUGGAAUGGAUUCAAUGGACGAAGUGCAGAGUCACAUAUUCAGCAUAUACACACAGCCGUCUCAAGAUCCUCCAGCGCAGAAAGGCACCACCACCAAAGUGAGGAAGACGAUGAGCAGCCGUGUGUAUGAAGCUGUAAAAGGGAUUGCCCUCUGCCACAAUGUCACCCCCUCCUAUGAGUCCAACGGUGUGACCGACCAGGCUGAGGCAGAGAGACAAUUUGAGGAUUCCUGCCGGGUUUACCAGGCAUCCAGCCCUGAUGAGGUGGCCCUGGUACAAUGGACUGAGAGCGUGGGGCUGACGCUGGUGGGAAGGGACCAGUCUUCCAUGCAGCUGAGGACACCUGGUGGUCAAAUCAUGAACUUCACCAUUCUGCAGAUCUUCCCCUUUACCUAUGAAAGCAAAAGGAUGGGCAUCAUAGUGCGGGAGGACUCCACUGGAGAGAUAAGCUUCUACAUGAAGGGGGCAGAUGUAGUGAUGGCCGGGAUUGUGCAGUAUAAUGACUGGCUGGAGGAGGAGUGUGGUAAUAUGGCGAGAGAGGGACUUCGGGUUCUAGUGGUGGCAAAGAAGUGUCUAACUGAGGAACAGUAUCAGGAUUUUGAGGCACGGUAUGUACAAGCAAAGCUCAGCGUCCACGACCGCUCACUGAAAGUGGCCACGGUGAUCGAGAGCCUGGAAAUGGAGAUGGAACUGCUCUGUCUGACGGGGGUGGAAGAUCAACUGCAGGUUGAUGUCCGACCCACCCUAGAGACUUUGAGAAAUGCUGGAAUGAAGGUCUGGAUGCUUACUGGAGACAAACUGGAGACUGCAACCUGCACUGCCAAAAAUGCACAUUUAGUGACCAGAAACCAGGACAUCCACAUCUUCCGGCCCGUAACUAAUCGUGGGGAGGCCCAUCUAGAGCUAAAUGCAUUUAGAAGAAAACAUGACUGCGCUCUGGUUAUAUCAGGGGACUCUCUAGAGGUGUGUCUGAAGUAUUACGAGUACGAGUUCAUGGAGUUGGCUUGUCAGUGUCCGGCUGUGGUUUGCUGCCGCUGCGCCCCCACUCAGAAAGCUCAGAUUGUGCGCCUCCUGCAGGAACGGACAGGAAAACUUACCUGUGCUGUAGGCGAUGGUGGGAAUGACGUUAGCAUGAUUCAGGAAGCAGAUUGUGGUGUUGGUGUUGAAGGGAAGGAAGGUAAACAAGCUUCACUUGCCGCGGACUUCUCCAUCACGCAAUUCAAACAUCUUGGCCGCCUCCUGAUGGUUCAUGGACGGAACAGCUACAAAAGAUCGGCAGGCCUCAGCCAAUUUGUUAUUCACCGGAGUCUCUGUAUCAGCACCAUGCAGGCCGUCUUCUCCUCUGUGUUUUACUUUGCCUCUGUUCCUCUCUACCAAGGAUUUCUCAUCAUUGGAUAUUCCACACUCUAUACAAUGUUCCCGGUCUUCUCUCUGGUGCUCGAUAAAGAUGUGAAGUCUGAAGUGGCAAUGCUGUAUCCAGAGCUGUACAAGGAUCUACUAAAGGGACGGCCACUUUCAUACAAAACAUUCCUUAUAUGGGUAUUGAUCAGCAUUUAUCAAGGAAGCAUCAUCAUGUAUGGUGCACUGCUGCUCUUUGAGUCAGAGUUUGUCCAUAUUGUUGCAAUUUCCUUCACCUCCCUGAUCCUCACAGAACUGCUGAUGGUAGCGCUGACCAUUCAGACGUGGCACUGGCUGAUGAUCGUGGCCGAGCUUCUCAGCCUGUCCUGUUACAUCGCCUCCCUAGUUUUCUUACAUGAGUUUAUAGAUGUCUACUUCAUCACCACGGUGUCCUUCCUGUGGAAAGUGACCGUCAUCACUCUGGUCAGCUGUCUCCCUCUCUACUUCCUCAAAUACCUGAGGCGGAAAUUCUCUCCUCCCAGCUACUCCAAGCUGACCUCCUAGAAUCCCAGUGAACAUGGACACCACCCAUGCUGCUUUAAUGAACUAGGGAUGAAGACGUUUACUGAAAAUGAUCAACGGUUACUGAUCAUUUAUCUAAGGGAACAAAUGAUACAGGGUUUAUCUCAUCUCAAGCACUAAGAGUUCAAUUGUGGCUUAAAAAUAUGCCAAAUAAUAGAGGGCAUCAUAUUGGAAAAAAAAGGAAUAACCGUAAACUAGGCAAAAGAUCUCCAUGGCCCCCUCUUAAUCUGCAUAGAAGUAAACUCCUUGACUGGAACCCCUGUGGUGGGCAUUUAUGUCCUGGACCGUGGAGGCCGUCGUUUGCAUUUACAUCUGUUCCGAUCUGUCUUUUUUUUUGUCCUGUCCCCGACAACUAUUGUGUCAUCAUGGAAAAAUACAAUUGUGUAUGUGAUAUUACAGACAAUAAGAAUCAUACAAAGACAUUUAAAUCUAUUGAAGACCUGCGAUCAGGAGUCUUGACAAUAAUAUGGCACUUUCACGAGCUGGCAUGGCUACUGCCCAAUGAUGUUGCAGUGUGUGUCGGCAUGUAUAUAUCUAUUAUUAUUACUCCUGUACAGUUGUGUGUGAGGAUAUCAUUCUGUUCCUAUGUAUGUCUGAUGGAUAAACUACAGAUUGUGAAGUGAGAACCAUAUACUGAUAAGUGACACCCCUUAGACAGCAUGGACCAGAUUCACUGCAGCAUCUCUUCUCUACACAAGCGGCCUCCUCCAUCCGUCAUUCUCUAUUGACGAGUGCCAAAAUGAAUGCAUACCUUGCCAAUAUAUUAGGCAGUGUCAAUAAUGACCGCUGCACUGGAGAGGCUUUAUAUCUGCAUGUUACACGUGCUCAAACCCCGUAUUGCACUACCAAUUCACAGUCUCCUAAACACAGUACAUUGCUUAAUCCCUUAGUUUAAGCCCGGGUUUAACUUGAGGAAACAUAGAAGAAGCACACACACUGUCCUGAACUCCAAGCAACUAGUCAAAUAUCACAGUCUACUUGGUACGGGUAACACAACAUAAAUGACUAGUUGUUGGGAGGGUUGUCAUUGUAAUACAUGUGCACUGGAAAUAUGCAGAAGCAAUAGGGCAUCAGGCUGGACCAGUAUAGAGCUGUAUACCUGGGUCUGUAAAGACUGAAGUUCAUUUGUAGAAACAAGAUAAUCCAGGAUAGCUUAAGGCCACAUACAGUCAGUCAAUAGGAAUACAUUAGGAGGCAUGUACAGGCAAUGAUCAUUUGACUUUGAUACACUGUUUUGCCCAUCUAUUCCUUGAUAGUUUAUGUGGCACACCAGGGACAGCGAUCAUGUUGGUCAGCAUAGAGUUAAUAAAAAUGAUAUUGCUAUCUGUAUCCAGGUUCAGUCAUCUCAUGUGAUUGUGGUAAUAUUCACAAUAACAAAUGCAUAUAAGGAUAUAAUGGAUUUACAUGGCUGCUCUAGUGUACAUCACUAUAAAGGGAAGAGCGAUCCGAGCAAUAAUUCACGUUAUUGUUCAGUCACAGCCGGUUAGGUUGCUGUUUUUUUUACUUCCACUUUUAUAGUGUGCUUCUUCUGUAAGGUGAAUCCUAUCAUUUAAUGUACUUGCUAAAUAUUGUGUCGCUGAUUAUUUCGUAAUGUAUUUCACAACCUUAUUUAUUGUUCAGUGGAUGAAAUAGAACGUCCGGCUGAGAACUGAAAAGGGACCUAUAAAGAAAUAAAACUAAUUUCUGCACAUGCGA